UCUGAUUUAUCGUGGCCCCCGAGGCAGGGAGCCAAGGAGGCUCUGGGCAGACACGCUUUCGGGCACACACACUCUGACACCCCGCCACUGGUGGGAGCCUGUGUCCUGCACCCUGCGUAUCCUCCGCCCUGCGUGGGGCUGCCUGUGUGACUGGUAGCGAACACGGAAAACCAUCUCAUACAACCCGUUUUCGGUGUGCGGGGGGGUGCCCCCCCUGCAGGUGGAGAAGGUAGAAGACCCCUUAGCAAGGAGAGCAGCCCCUGGUCACUGACCCCCAGGAACUGAUGUGCAGUGAGUGCUCGUACUGCUUGCGGCUCUAGGUGACAAGGGACGACAGAAAGCCCUCUCGGAGCAGAAGGGCAGCCUGGCCGUGGGCUCUGCCUCCUCCGUGCAGCUCCCGUCCUGGGUGGCAUGGCCACCGACCACUCCCGCCCCUGCCCUGCCCUGCCCCAGUGCUCUUGGCACCUCUACCUUCCCCUGCAGUUCAGGAAACAUCGCAGACAAGAGUCUGCCUGCCCAUCGCGGUGGCCGGUAAGAUUGCACACGGAUCGGGCUCCACUCUCAGGGCCAGGGCCCGGUGAUCUGCCGCUUUGGCCAGCCGGGCCCAAAUGCCCAGCCUCGGGUUCUGCGAGCGCUGACCCGAGCGAGGCUGUGAGUGUCCACCGCACGCGUCCAUCGUGGCGGCCCCCUCGAAUGCCUUCUCCAGCCCAGCCUUCGUCUUCUCUGGGGCAGCUGGACGAGCGCUCAAGGAGCGUCUCCAGGCUUCGUCAUGAGCAAAGGCGGGGUUCAUUCAGUCGAGUCGAGUGACCGCUCUGUGCCAGGUCCCACUGGGUGUUGGGGUCGCAUCAGUUGGCCCUACCCAUGGUGUCCACCUUCAGCAGGUUGGGGAGACUGGGGACGAACGCAUAUUAACAUAGCAGUGGGUGCUGUGAGGAAGGCAGAAUUGGGUGAGGUGUGGAGAGGAGGUGACCCCAAAAGGUGGUCAGGUCACACUCUCUGAGGAGGUGAUGGAGUGGGCCAUGUAGACAGGCAGGGGAGCAUUCCAGUCCGAGGAGGAACCUGUGAAAAGGUCCUAAGGCCCAGUAAGAAGUCCGGUGUGGCCUGAGGGGGCGAGCAAGUUGGGAAGUGGCAGGAUGCGAUGACAGAGGGGUAGCCAGUGAGGAAGGGUCAACUCAUGUGGGACCUGGCUGCCACGGUGAGAACUUAGGAUUUCACUGAGGGCGCUGGGACACCCCUGGAGGGUUUCGAGCUGGGCGUGAUGGGAUCAUCACUCUGGUCUCUGGAUGGAGCACAGAUCGUGGAGAAAGAAGCAGAAGCCAGUCAGGGGUUUCCAGAGGUCAAGGGAGGGACAGAGGUGGGGAUAAGGAUCAGACUCGGGGCUCACUUAGGAGCCACAGGACUUGGUGGGGGCCGGGUGCUGGUGCCGGGGAGGGACGAAGGGAGCCUGGGCAUUUGGCCUGAAUAAGAAGGAGCAUGCUGGUGCCAUUUCCCGUUUGCCUGGCCUGGGGAGCAGCGGGUCUGGAGGAAAUGCUGAGGGCUCUCCUGGACGCGUGACGGUCAAGGCGAGCCGCUUCCAGAUGUCCUGUGGUUGAGGUGAGGGGCCCGACACAGGGCGAGUAGCACCCAGGGCCUCUGGCUCUUAGGCCGGUCCUCCCACGCCGGCCAGCCCAGAGCAGAGGCACAGCCCUGGGGAUCGUCAGGGACCUGGGUACAGGUUUGCAGCUCACAUGAUUCCGUUCCUGUGUCUGGGCCUCAGCAUCCUCAUCUGUAAACUGGGGUGAUGAGACCCUCCACCUUCUGGAAUCACGAUGCUUCUGGGACAUCACCUCACGGACCGGGGCAAGUCCGUGCAUGACUGAUGGCUGCUGUCUCUGGGAGGUUGGCUCAGAUGCAGGCACUGCUCACAAGGAGGUGGGACAAUCUGAGGAAACAGCCGGGCAGGUGCCUCUGCCCUCGGCACGGAGGUGCCCAGACAGGCAGCCAUCUGGGGGUGGGAACCUGCUUGGGUGUGUACGCCCAUCCCUGGCUCUUUGCCUGUGCGGGGAAUUUGCGUCAGCGGGCAGGCAUCUUGGUGCUAAGCAAGACAUCAGUCAGCUCUGGGGCCCUGGGCUGCCCACUCAGCCCUGGCCUUGUCACCACUUGACCUCAUUCCCAGGGCAAACGUAGCUGCUCUGUGUGGGUUUGCCCUGCCUUUUGAUGCUUUCUCAUUCUUGAGUCCUGCUUUGUCCCGUCCUUAACCCCUUCCAUAGGGAGUCUCCACCUGGACCCCUGAGUUGGAGUCCUUGGGGCCGCACCCCCAGCGUGGCGCACAGGUCAAAGGCCAUCGCUCCUGUUCAGCCCAGACACAGUGGGGACGGGAUGGAGAGAGUCAACUCAAUGAACGUCCAUGUUUGGGAACAUGUCUGUGAACAAGAUUCGGGGAAACGUGGCGCAGGGUCCGGAAUUCAGAUCUGGGGUCGCCUCAGCAUGUCGGUCAGCGUCCAUGAGACCCGAAAGUCGCGGAGCAGCACGGGGUCCAUGAACAUCACCCUCUUCCACAAAGCCUCCCACCCCGACUGCGUGCUGGCCCACCUCAACACCCUGCGCAAGCACUGCAUGUUCACGGACGUCACAUUGUGGGCAGGCGACCGUGCCUUCCCCUGCCACCGCGCCGUGCUGGCCGCCUCCAGCCGCUACUUCGAGGCCAUGUUCAGCCACGGCCUGCGGGAGAGCCGGGACGACACGGUCAACUUCCAGGACAACCUGCACCCCGAGGUGCUGGAGCUGCUGCUGGACUUCGCCUACUCGUCCCGCAUCGUCAUCAACGAGGAGAACGCCGAGUCUCUGCUGGAGGCCGGUGACAUGCUGCAGUUCCACGACGUGCGGGACGCCGCCGCCGAGUUCCUGGAGAAGAACCUCUUCCCUUCCAACUGCCUGGGCAUGAUGCUCCUGUCGGACGCUCACCAGUGCCGCCGGCUGUACGAGUUCUCGUGGCGCAUGUGCCUGGUGCACUUCGAGGCGGUGCGGCAGAGCGAGGACUUCAACAGCCUGUCCAAGGACACCCUGCUGGACCUCAUCUCCAGCGACGAGCUGGAGACGGAGGACGAGCGCGUGGUCUUCGAGGCCAUCCUGCAGUGGGUGAAGCACGACCUCGAGCGGCGGAAGGUGCACCUGCCCGAGCUGCUCCGCAGCGUGCGGCUGGCCCUGCUGCCGUCCGACUGCCUCAAGGAGGCCGUCUCCGGCGAGGCCCUCCUCAUGGCUGACGAGCGUACCAGGCUCAUCGUGGACGAGGCGCUCCGCUGCAAGACCAAGAUCCUGCAGAACGACGGGGUGGUCACCAGCCCUUGCGCCCGGCCGCGCAAGGCAGGCCACACGCUGCUGAUCCUGGGGGGCCAGACCUUCAUGUGCGACAAGAUCUACCAGGUGGACCACAAGGCCAAGGAGAUCAUCCCCAAGGCGGACCUGCCCAGCCCCCGCAAGGAGUUCAGCGCCUCAGCCAUCGGCUGCAAGGUCUACGUGACUGGGGGUCGGGGCUCCGAGAACGGGGUCUCCAAGGACGUGUGGGUGUAUGACACCGUCCACGAGGAGUGGUCCAAGGCGGCGCCCAUGCUGAUCGCCCGCUUCGGCCACGGCUCUGCCGAGCUGGAGAACUGCCUCUACGUGGUCGGGGGACACACGUCCCUGGCAGGCGUCUUCCCGGCCUCCCCGUCUGUCUCCCUGAAGCAGGUGGAGAAGUACGACCCCGGGGCUAACAAGUGGACCAUGGUGGCCCCGUUGAGGGACGGCGUCAGCAAUGCCGCAGUGGUGAGCGCCAAGCUGAAGCUGUUUGUUUUCGGGGGGACCAGCAUCCACCGAGACAUGGUGUCCAAGGUCCAGUGCUACGACCCCUCGGAGAACCGGUGGAGCAUCAAGGCCGAGUGCCCCCAGCCUUGGCGGUACACGGCGGCCGCCGUGCUGGGCAGCCAGAUCUUCAUCAUGGGCGGUGACACCGAGUUCACUGCCGCCUCCGCCUACCGCUUCGACUGUGAGACCAACCAGUGGACGCGGAUCGGAGACAUGACCGCCAAACGCAUGUCCUGCCACGCCCUGGCCUCGGGCAACAAGCUCUACGUUGUGGGGGGCUACUUCGGGACCCAGAGGUGUAAGACCCUGGACUGCUAUGACCCCACAUCGGACACGUGGAACUGCAUCACCACGGUGCCCUACUCGCUCAUCCCCACUGCCUUUGUCAGCACCUGGAAACACCUGCCUUCGUGAGGAGCGCAUGCAGGGCCCAGCCAGUUGACCUUGGGCAAAGCAUGUCAGCCCCCUGCCACGUGGAGACAGCCACCUCAGACAGGUGUGGUGCUUCCCAGACACGGCUGCACGUCAGAGUCACUGGGGUCCUCAGACAACACCACGUGGAGUUGAGGCCAGCCGGCCAAGUGCGAGGGCAGUCUCCACAUAAGGGCAUCCUCUUCACGGUCACAGUCAAGUACAGGGAAGGGAUGCAGAUUGAGGUCAGCCAAGGACAGAGAGGAACAGGGCAGGGUCCUCUUCCCACACGGUCAGGAUGGUGUCACUGUGCCCACAUCAGUGGCUGACCGUACAUACAGAAUAUUCCCCAGCCGGAAGGCUCACACAGGCUCAGGUGUCCGGGGUUUUUCCCGGGGCCCCAUCACGUAGGCUCGACUGAUGGCCCAUGUGGUUACUCUGCCUCCAGGUCAGCUGGUGCAGCAUGACCCAGAGCCCCUUUCCUAAGUCACGCAGAUGUGCCCACCCCAAAUCCUGCCCUAGGUGGAGACAGUCUAAUGGGUAUGACUGAUCAUCUCCCAGAAGCCAGGGGCAAAGACCAGACCUCUUUACAACACGAAUGCUAAAGCCCACACCACACCCCAGACCAGGCGACUCUAGCAUGUAUCCAACACGUGAGCAGCACCCCGGGGACCUGUGAGGAACAUGGAUGAUGGGCAGAGCGCUCAAGGGGCCAGGGGGGUGCUGGAGCUGCGGGGCCAGGCCCCCGGUGGAGGCAGCGGGGCGCUCCUGUCCUGCGAGGUGGUGAGAGGCCACCUCAGCGCGGGCGGCAUGCCGAAGGAGGGAACCGUGGCCGGGCAGGACGGCUGCAGAGCGCUGCCCAAGGUACUGCUCCUACCCUUGUUCUCAGUGCCAUUACUACAGGAGAUCCUCACCCAAGGGGGAGGUGACACUGGAUGCAGGGGGCUAAGGGGCACAGGUGCCCUUUGGGGGGAUGGGGGGACACAAGGAGGGACUUGCCCAAGGCCUGAGGGCAGGUGCAGAGUCAAGUGGAGGGAAGGACCAGCUUAUCCAGACCGGCCUCUUUGAGGGGCAGGGGCAGUGCCAGUCCUGAGGUUGGAUCAGGGUGUCCCGAGCCAGCCUGUCAGGGAGCUCAGGAAUAGGGGCUGGUGGGUUUGUAGACACAAGGGAAAGGUUUGAGUUCUGGUUCCAUCCUCCUUGGUCAGGCCCUAGGGAAGCCAGGCUGUGUGUCCCAGCCCUUAGUCCUCCUCCUGGAUCCCUCACACCUGGGACAGGAGCAGCAGGUUCUGGGGUGGGAGGCAGGGAGGCAUGGGUCCCAGGGGCUCUGAGAGGCUGGGGCCUGGGGUGGGAGAUCCCAGGCUCUGCCUCCGGCACAGGCCAGCUCUCCUUACCCAGGAGGGCUGGUGACCAGUCCCAGCUCUGAGGCUGACCCGGAAGCCUCUGCACCCCCCUGGCAGCUCUCUGGCAGCUCUGAGAAAUCGGCCCUCAGGCCAGGUGCCCCCUUCAGUGCAGAUCACAGAAACCCCCUCAGGAGCCAGCCUGGACCGAAAACCUAAUUUGCUCCGUGACAUGGCGGCUGCUGGCCUGCGUGCUGAAGGCUGUGCACAGCAGAGCGGUUCUGACUUCGCUGGGACUGCUCCUCCAGGCGAGCGGAUGCUCCAGCCAGACCAGCGUGGCCGGGCCUGCAAGGCCUUGACGGGGACAAGCCAGGCAGGCCCAGGUCGCAUCACCUCCUACGUCCAGGGUGUUCGGACCCCCAAAAGCCAGCCUAGAUAGAUGGGGGCUUCUGAGUUGUCCUGUUUUGUUUUAAUCUGCUCCCUCCCUCUUGGAGAGAAAAAUCUGAGCGGCCCAAGUUGUUGGGUCAGGUUAUCCCCUGGGGCAUAAGCUUUAAGAGAAUGGUGGUGCCUCCUGUCACCCCCCAGUUCCUGCACUCUGGAGUGCUCACCUGUGGAGCCUGAGGGCUCCUCCCACUGGUGCUCACCCCUCCCCACGGACCUGACCAGUGGCUCAUCCCCGUGUGGGAGGAGGUGGGGGCAGGCCAGGGGACAUAGUGAGCCCUUUACCUCUCCAGGACUUUCCCCCUUUCCAGGGACACAUCGUUCCUUGGUUCUGGCUCUUACUGGCUGCUUGACCCCAGUUACCUAACUCCCCUGAGCUCAGUGUUGCCAUGUCAAACACAGGAGUGAAAAUCGUGUUACUCACAGUAUUUGAAGAGGCCAAGUGAGGGGCGGGUUGAGAGUUGGCGCUUAUGCAAGGCAGUGAUGCAGAAGGAUGGUGGCCGUGAUGGUUUGGGGGUGCUUUGGGCGGUGGGGGCCCUCUCCACGUCCCUGGGCUAGCCCUUUCUUCUAGAAGGGUCCAUCGCCCAUUGUCACGAGGCACGUUGUAUGUGCACAUCUGAGUGCAACAGGGGCCUUGUCCCUCCAGUCCGGCCCAGUCCGUGGCGGGGGUGCUGUCGUCAGCCCCAUCUCCAGAAGGAGGAAGCAGGUGCAAAGAGGCUGAUUGCCCAGGAUGGAGCCGGUCCUGGACGGGACCGGAACGCCACGCCUGGGCCCUACCCUCCCAGAGCCACGCUGCCUGGUGAGACUGAGCAGCUCCAGCCUGCACGUUUCCCGAACUCCUGCACCAGCAACAUCUGCAUCAGAGGCAGAGGGCCUUUUUAGCCUUCAGCUCUUGUCCCGCAUCCCAGCCGUCUUCUUUUUACGUGGCCCAGCAGCCCACCAGCCAGCCUCCCCGCAGUGCCUCUGGGGCCUGAGAGACGGCCCCUCCCGAGGCUCUGCCCUCCAGGCUGACCCUGGGUGGUUCCCGCGCCCUGCACUGCCCUGCUUCAGUUCAGCUCCGCCUGCCCUCGUCAAAGGCAGGGCGGACCUCCAGGACCAGCCCCAGUGUCCCAGCCAGAUCUACAUAUGUGGGUGAUGGCAGGCCCCCCGGAGCCCAGGCUGGGUUACCCUGGGUUACUCACCGAGUGUAGAUCAGCCGCGAAAGUUCUUUUUCUCCCCCACUGAGUCCCCCUGCCCUCAUCAAGCCCUUUAAAGGCACAGCCCUUGCCCAUGUCUCCUCCCCUGACCCCCACCCAGCAUGUCGUGCAGGCAUCCAGGCCACCAGGAGCUCAUCUCUGCACAGGCAUUGUUAGGCCCCAGCCACUUGGGGUGUGGGGGCGGAGGGGCCUCCAAUCCCAGCUCUGGGAAAGGCUGAGCCGGUUAGUCCCCCUCGGGGCCCCACGAGGGGCUCAGUCACUGCCACCAGAGGGCAAUUCAGCACAUUCUGUCCUGCCUUCAAAGAAAUCACCACCGAGAGGAAAUCCCAGGCGCAGACCUACACAGACGGGCCUGGUGUAUUGAGAAAGGUUCCCCGGGCAAGAGUUCAGGCCUCUUGAAACACAUCAGCUCCGUCUGUCUGUCCAUGCAUCCAUCCAUGCACCUGGAGUCUUCACUGGGCUUGUGUUUACCAGGGUUGGCCCCAUGCCAGACCUGGGAUCAGCACGCCAGCGCCCUCCCUUGCUGCAGUCCGGCAGGGCAAACCUGUGGUGUGUGUGGGCAGGGUGACCAUUGACGCCCUGUCUCUGCAAGGUGGAGGAGUGUCCCCUCUCACAGAUGAGGAGACUAGGCCUCAGAGAAGCACCUGCCAAAAUUUGGGGUGGCCCAUGGCUGUCCCAGUCUGGGGGCAGCUGUGUGGACUGGGAGGGAAUUCAGGAGCCAGCCAGUGUGGCUCCCCAGUUCCUCAGCCUUUCAGGGUGCCCCUACGUGCAGUCUUGUCUUCAGCAACAAGGGACAGCCCAGAGGGGCCCCCGUUCCCCAGGUCAGGGUCUCAUGGUGUGGGUGGCUCAGAGGUUUGGUUUGGGGCAGCAGUGGGGCCCUGCUUAGAGGGGAACAGCACCCUGCCCCAUCUGCCUCAUGCGUCCGGAGGGUGUGGGGCAGACAGGCCCAAGGUUUAGGUUUGCCACCUUAAGAGUAUCUCGGGGUCCUAGAAGCCUCAUGACCCAGCUUCUCGCUUGUGAAGGGCCUUCGCCAGCCCCGCUGAGGGAGCAGUGGCUGCUCUGCCUACCACCUGGGGAGUGCUGACCCCACAGAGCUCAAGUCAACCUUCUAGAAGCCUUGGCAGGGAGGGAGGGAAGGUAUACCCCACUUGAAAGAAGAAAGCCCCACGGAUUCCAGCGCUGGCUUGAAUUUUUAAAUGUUACUUGAGUCCGUGCAGACUGACAAGUAGGUAAAAGCCCCUUAUGUGUGUAGUUCUUACACGGCUGUGCAGUGGACACGAGCAUGCUGGUUAAAUAGAACCAAAGCUCUAAAACCAAGAACGGCGUCAUCAUUCGUUGAUGUUCUGCAGAGAGCAUCUUGCCUCUUUGCCUGUUGGCUGGAAGGACACGCAGGCUUUCUGGAGGGCUCCCCCUGCCCGUGCCAAGGGCUGGCUUAUCUGUGCCUCUCCGGAGCCACCGUGACACCUGCUUUGGGCAGCUCAUCAUGCUGGCCAGACAUCAUCCGUGUCCCGGGCACAAAUGGGCCUGCUUGGUUAGGGCCGCCUCUGAGCCCACGGCCCUUACGGCGCUGGCCAGAGGAAGUGGCAUCUGGUGUUGAAAUGGUGCGUGGACGAGCAGGACGCCCGAAAAUCCUCCGGAGAACUCCCGGCCCCCUCCGCACAGGACUCCAGAGAACCUGCUCGUAGAUUACGGCCCCACCGCUGUCCCAAGAGCUUCCUCUUCCUCUGCCUGCUGGCUCCAGCCGAGGGUGUCCCUUCCUGACACACCUCCACAGCCACAUCUCCACGCGAACUCAUGCAGGGUCGUGCUGAGCUGUCGCAAUGGGUUAUGCUUUGAAGAUGACUGUGCUGGCCAGCUGCUGGGUUCUCUUACCUGCUCCAAGGAGGUUCUGCACAAAGCCUUCCGCGUGCAUUAGACCACAUCAUCCUCUCCGGGAGGCUGAGAUCCAUCCCCUCGUGUUCCCCAGGAAAAGCUGAAGCUCAGACAGCAGGCGCUGCAUUGAUUGGGAAGCUGGCGCUGGAGUGUGAGCUCGGUGGCCACAGGGUCACCCCUCAUUCACCACCGUCAGCCACCACAGCCUAUAUCAUGGCCCAGGUCGAUGGGCUGCACAGUGAAUGUCUGUCAAGGGCGUGAAUGAAUGUGCUGGCUGCCACCCACAGCUGGCCCGUUCUUCUAACCACAUGGCCGGCCCACCCCUGCCUGCCCCCUACUCUCUGACCAGGUCUACCCCCUCGCUGUUUCCACCUCACUGGCCUACUUUAUUUUGAUUUUCAAAUGUGCCGGAUUCCUACCUCAGGACGUUUGCACAUGCCGUCCCUCCUGCCUGGACUGCUAUUUCCCCCUCUGGCAAACUCCUGUCCCUCCUUCACAUCUCAGGUUAGCUUAUUGCCACCUUCCCAUACCCUCCACCAAAAUAAAGUCCUGGUUCUUAUCCAUAA